AUGAUGUUCACCAAGGCCUUCAUCGCUGCUGCCUUUGCUACCCUCUCCACUGCCCUGCCCCAUGUCAUCCAGCGCAGCGGCAACUCCUCUGCCUCUGGAGGCGGCGUCAAGAUCGUCAACAACCUGAGCCAAACCGUCUACGCGUGGUCGGUCGCUGAUAGCGUCAGCGACAUGCAUACCCUCUCUGCGGGCGGCGGCUCCUACUCCGAGCAAUGGCGCACCAACAGCAACGGCGGCGGCGUCUCCAUCAAGCUGUCCACCAAGCCCGACCAGUCCGAUGUCCUCCAGUUCGAGUACACCCAGUCCGGCGGCGACACGAUCUUCUGGGACAUGUCCUGCAUCGAUAUGGGCACCGGCUCUGAGUUCACCAAGUACGGCUUCACUGUUGAGCCUUCCCAGACCAGCGGCGACUGCCCCUCCGUCAACUGCAAGGCCGGCGACUCUGCUUGCGCCGAGGCCUACCUGCAGCCCAAGGACGACCAUGCCACCCACGGCUGCCCUAUCGACACCUCUUUCGUCCUGAACAUUGGAAACUAG